AUGGCGCAAACAGGCCAGUCUACGCGAUCCAGAAGAGCAAGAGCCCAUCGUCAGCCGUAUUCGCUUCCAUCCAAUGCACAGCUCGUUGCCGUUACCAUUCUCUUCGUCGCCGCCGCCCUCUUGUGCUGCGUUGGUCCGGAUUACAUCUCUCCGUGGACUCGCAUGUGGGAUUUGAAGGCCAAUUUGACCGCCCCUGUCUUGGCUCGUCGUGACUUUAUGCAAGCAUUUCAUGAUAUCGAGAGGCGUGCUCCCAUUGCCUCGACACCAACCACCCGUCAGCCAGAAUACACAAUCCCCAAGGCAUGGUGGACCGCUGGAGGCCGCACUGGCAUUAUUGCCUUUUCCCUAUUUCCUCUUUGCGUGCUGUUUGCUCUCAAGGCACCUCCGUUUGCGGUCUUUGCACUGCCAUUCACCACUCAGAUGCACUUUGACAAGCUCGCCCUCCUUCACCGCUGGUCUGGCCGUAUCAUCUGGAUCAUUACCACCAUCCACGUCGCCACUUGGGGUGUCCAGCUCGGCCGUGACAAGCGCCAUGGCAAGGGUGGUAUUGGCUGGGACUACGUCUGGGUCUAUCCUUUAUUCAUUUACGGCCUCAUUGGUUAUAUUUUGAUGACCCUGCUUGUCGUCUUGUCACUCUCUCCAAUCAGGACACACCGUUACGAGACUUUUUACCUCUUGCACGUGAUCCUCGUCCCGCUUACGCUCAUCUUCUCCGCCCUUCAUUUCCCCCAAAUCUGGCACUGGUGUUGGGUCGCCCUCGGUCUCUGGGGUGGUGAGCGAUUGUUCAGAUGGGCUCGCGGCGCAUGGGUCAACGGAGCGCUCGGUCCGUGGGGCAACUUUGGCCCUGUGGGCAGUGUACCCGAACCAAGCAGUCUAGCCGAAAAGUCUGCCGACACAUGGGAAAUGAGUGCACGUCAAUCGGGAAAUAACAGUCGAUCGACUCUCCAGGAAGAUAAACAGCCUUCAGUCCGCAUUGUUUCUCAAGUACCCCAAACCAACGAACUUCUCAAGUACUUUUCGCCUACCCACCCACCAAAACAGUCCAGAGAGAGCGUUGAAGUCAAUGGUGCAAGGAGAGAACGUCCAUGGAGUAUUACGAGUCUGCAUACCGACGAAUCGGCUAUGCCGCGUACCAGCUUCUCAGAGCUCAUCCCGCGUAAAGCAGGUACCGCUGACUCCUAUGGCCCUGUCCAUACUGUUGUCUCGCCUACUAGACCACUCGUCAACCGUCCGUCCUCGUCUGUACAGCAUGCCAUGGUUCUCCCCCCUCCUGGGUUCGCCCAUUGUGUCAUCUUGCCCGGCCGCACCGUUCGUCUUACAGUCGUUACCGCCCGUCCAAUGAAAUGGGCUCCCGGUCAGCACGUCCUGCUUUGCGUCCCGAGCGUGUCCCAAUGGACAACACAUCCGUUCACGAUCGCCGGUGCAUGCGACGAGAGGUCCACAGGCGUCGGCGCCCGCGGCCGCGAAAUCUCGCUCAUCAUCCGUGCGCGCGCAGGGUUCACCAAGCACCUCUGGGAAGAAAUUAUGCAUGGGAGCGGACACCACCACACACACGAGCACGGCGAAAAGCUCCGACGCGGGAUUACGCUUCGCGCCUCGAUCGACGGGCCGUUUGGGUCUGCUGCGAGGGAGGACUGGACCAAGUAUUCGACCGCGAUUAUGGUUGCGGGUGGAUCCGGUGUUGCGUUUGCACUGAGCGUUUUGGAGGCGUUGUGCUUGAAGAUUGUCAGCGGCGAAGAGAUCAAGACCAAGCGAAUCCGGUUUGUGUGGAUGAUUCGCGAGUAUGCGCAUGUACAAUGGUGUGCUGGGAUUCUCCGCCGAUGCCGCGAGAUGGUUCCCAACAAGGACCAACUGCAAAUCGAGAUUUUCGUGACCAACCACCAAGCGCAAACCAUCGAGGCUCUUUCGUCGCUCCCGAGCGGAACCGAAGAUGCAAUGCUCCAGCCCCCCGCUCCCCGAUUCGCGCGCGACGGCCGUCCUCGUCCCGACUCGGUCGCGUCCAACGACAGUCUGGACAGCACCAUCUCGUCGAACAGCAUCGCCGAACUCAACCCCGAGGAACACCCCGACGGAGAUCUCGGCACGCACGUCUGGACUACACCAACUUUGACGGCGAAGAGGAUACGCGCACCGCGGCCGAGGCAACACUGUCGAAAAAGGUCAAAAAGGAGGGCAAGAUCAGGCGCGCGCGGUCGAAAAAGAUUGCGGCCGCGCCACGACGACGAACCGCUUGCGGUCCCCCAGCCUCGUUACGCGCAACACGCUUCCGGGUCUGGGUCCGGGUCGAAUACCCCAAUGAGCUCGAGCCCGAGCGGAACGCCCAAGUUCCCGCUCUCCCCCGUCGGCACGCCCAAAAUCGGCGGAGAGGCGACGCUGCGACCCCCGUUGUUCACGGACCCGACGUACCGGAGCAGUGUGGCCGAAUCCAUGUUCUCGCGCGGCUCGGUCUACGACGACUCGCGCUCGAUAUUCGGUGCGGAUGACCCUGUGUUCGAGAUGGACGACGAGGAAAUGGACGAUAUCAACCAUAUUGCCGAGCUCGCGCGUCCCGGCAAGCCGAAAUUAGACAAGAUCCUGGCCGACGAGGUCGAAAGAGCGCAGGGAGAGCUAGUUGUCGCGUGUUGCGGUCCUACGUCGCUCAACGCUGCCAUGCGCAAGUUUGUCGCCGACCAGUUGAGUCCGGCUAAAGUCUGGAGGGGCGACAUGAGCGGAAGUAUUAAACUUGUUUCUGAAGACUACGCGUGGUAA